ACCAGAGUGGAGGACACGACACGGACUUAAUGUUGGCAGGAGCAGACUUUGGAUUUCACAGUCACAGGGACCGUGGACUAAGAACUGAACUUUAGAUUCAUUUUUUUUUUCCUCACCAUAAAUCUGACAUAAUACAAGAAGUGGAAACCCAUCCAGAGUCUCCACCUCCACCGGGAUGUUUAGAUGAAGAAAAUCACUCCAGAAGUGCUGUGGCGCCCUCUGCUGUGUGACCGAGGAAGGCCAGGAAAGGGCAAGCAUCAUUGGAAACAUCAUGGAAGAGGGGAUGAACCCUGUCAUUGUCAGCCACUACAACUAUUCAGGGAAGUGGGACCGUCCUCGCAGCGGCAGCGCCUGUAAGAUGGCCGUGCUGCUCUUCAUUUGCGUUCUGAUCGUGCUGGAGAAUGUGACGGUCCUGCUGGCGCUCUGGAGGAACAAACGCUUCCACAGCCGCAUGUACUUCCUUAUAGGGAACCUGGCUCUGUCAGACCUGCUUGCCGGGGUGGCCUAUGUGGUUAACAUCUUUACCUCAGGACGAAACACCUUCUUCCUGACCCCGGUGCAGUGGCUCGCCAGGGAGGGGAGCAUGUUCGUGGCCCUGAGUGCGUCCACGUUCAGCCUGUUGGCCAUUGGGAUAGAGAGGCACAUGACUAUGGUGCGUCUACGUCCCUGUGAGACAGCAGGUCGGGGCAGGCUUCUAGGACUGUUGGCAGCCUGUUGGUUGGUGUCAGUGUUGCUCAGUGCUCUGCCUAGUCUGGGCUGGAACUGCCUAGAUAAACUGCACUCCUGCUCCACUGUGCUGCCACUUUAUGACAAAAGUUACGUGGCCUUUUGCAUCAGUGUGUUCAGCGCCCUUUUGGUGGCCAUCAUCAUCCUUUACAUCAGGAUAUACCGUCUUGUGACUUCCAGCGGCCGCAGGGUGAGCAGCCGGCCUUCAGAGCGCUCGCUGGCCCUGCUGCGGACAGUGGUUAUUGUUCUUGGAGUGUUCGUGGCGUGCUGGGCCCCCCUGUUCGUCCUGCUACUGCUGGACGUGGGCUGCAGCCCCCAUAAGUGCCCUGUGCUCUACCAGGUGGACUGGUUCAUAGCUCUGGCUGUGCUCAACUCGGCCCUCAAUCCUCUCAUAUACACUCUGUCCAGCAGAGAGAUGAGGGCUGCCUUCUUCCGUUUGCUCUGCUGCUGUCAGACCAGCAUGGAGCCCACUGGGACCCCUGUAGUGGGCAACCCCCACCUGGGGACAGUGAUCCCCACAGUAGAGAACAGCAAGACCAGUUUAGGGGGAGGAGGAGGUGGCAGUGGGGUUGGCAAGUCCACGCUAAACAGAGGGAAGGUUCCCACACCUAUGAACUCGGACAACAAACAUGGAGAUCUGUGUGCCACCCCCGUACCCCACCCCUCCGGCCCCGCAGACCUGCUCUCAGCGGUGCUCGUGAAGGCAGGGGCACUACCCCCCCUCAGCAAGUUCUGAAAGCACCUUACAGACAUUCAGACUUUCAGAGAACUUUCUGUUUAUGCACUAUGGCAGGUGUAGCACGAGAUGCAUGAAGUACAGAAGAAGCAGAGUCACAUAGAGUCAAACAGACUCUGAUUGUACAGUCAGAUCCAGUAAAAGCCACUACAACAACUCAGUACUGAUGACAGAGGCAGAGCAAGUGAGGGCUGGGCGAUACGACCACAAACAGUA